GCGGCUUCUCCCAGCGCCUGCCUGCCUGCAACAUUUGCUUCUUGUUUUAGAGGGAAACUAAUCGGGAACAUGCGGAAGAUGACAUUCCUCUGGCUCUGCCUUGGAUUCCUCCCUCUUGUUUCCCCCUCCUGCCCUUCGCCCUGCCGGUGCGCUGCCAAUAUCAUUGACUGCAUGUCAGCGGAUCUCACGGAAGCGACCCUUCCGACCUCCUUCAGCUCCUCCACUGUCAAGCUCUACCUCACCAACAACUACCUUACCUCCAUCCCCAAGGGGCUCUUUGACAACCUGCAGGAUCUCCAGGUGGUUUACCUGUGGGGGAAUCCCUGGGAGUGCGACUGCGGCAUCCAGUAUUUGCGCACGUGGCUCCAGCAGCAGCAGAACCGCACCCUCUACCGGAAUGUGAUGUGCUCUUCCCCGUCCCAUCUUCAAGGCAGGAUCAUCAGCUAUUUGUCAGAAGACGAGAUCAUUGCCACCUGCCAGUCUUGGUACUGCAGCAUGGCCCUCAUCGCCCAGAUCUGCCUUUUCAUCUUCAUCCUCCUGCAAGCGGCUUUGCUUCUCUCCAUCAUCUGUUACCUGAGGAGGUUCCGAAGGCUGGCCAAAAUAGCCUGGAGAACAAACACAGAGCUGUACGAGGGUGGGGAUCAAUGGGCAUUCUACCGUAAGGAUUGA